GCAGUCAGGAGUUUGGUAAUUGCAGUUUACGUGAAAGGAUGGCUUAAGAGCGUUUGUACGCGGAGUGCCAAGCUUUUGGUCGCCUGUUGUUAAAGCCGAUGGGCAGUUGCUGGUGACACACUCCUUACAUUUGUGUGGGAGUCUGAAGAGAACUCUGAAGACUCGGACCAAAACGCCAGACCCAGCAAAACAAAUGGUCGCCGCAGCCGUCAUCGGAACCACCGCCAUGUUGAACGAGUAGCGGCGCGGCGCUGUCGUUCCGACACUGCCAUAACAACUAGCAAGAUGCCCACAGGAUUUGAAAACUCUGCACUGAAGAUGAGCUUCUCCCUUUCUUCACUGCAGCCCUCUAGUGGUAAUCUAGAAGGCACAGAGCAUGUGAAGAUGAGGGCAGAAAGACCCUAUAACAGCCUAACAAAGAAAUCUAGAAGAGAUCCUGAGCAAGAAUCGUGGAGGCACUCCUGGGGAAGUCGUGAAGUAAACAAAGAUGAAUUCUGGGCAGCUUUACAACACAACUAUGACUACAUUAUGGACAACAACCUCAUUGACAGUUGUAAAGAGGCAAGUGGAGAGCUUUCAUGGGACGACCAGGAUGUGGCACCUGCUUUGACAUGGAGUUUCAAUGAGUUUAUAAAUCAGUUCUCUGAAAUCUAUUCUUGGCUUAAUAGUAUUCAAGAGGCUGUUUAUGGCAAGGAAGACAGUGUUAUGGAUCAGAAUCUCAGAACUAGUCAUUUGGAAGAGAUGCGACGCAAUUGUUACCGCCGUAAAGUGUUCAAUGACCAAGCACGGAAACUACUUUCAAGGUAUCCUGAUGUGAGAGAUGAAGUAUCGUGGAGAGUUGCUCAUUUGAAUACUAAAUGGGACAUGUUGGAACAGGCUAUUUCUCCAUGCAAAAACAAAUCUGAUAAAAUGGAUCAAUAUGCAAGUGUGGAACAUGAGGUAAAGUGCUUGCGUAAGUGGGUUCGAGAAAUGGAAGGUCAUUUGGAACCGCUUGACUUCAGAGUUGUACAAAGGUGGUCCCACCUAGAAAUUGAAGAGAAGGCACGCCAGCUGUCGGUGCUGCUUCGAGGCAUAAAGUCGCACGGAAAGAUAGUGACAUCUGUAGUGCGGUUGUGUGAGAAAGCGGCUGCGGCUGCAGCGGCGACGUCUGCGGCUAGCGACGACGAGGGUGGAGCCUCGAGCGGGACAGCGGCGUGUGGGAGGACAGGAAGGUCGCGGUCGGCGGGCAGCGCGUGGCGCGUCGCGCGCACCCUCGAGCGCCGCUGGCACCACCUCUACCUGCGCGCGCUCGAGUGGCAGUGCCACGUCGAGGAGCUGCUCAACAGCCGCAACCCGAGCCCAAGUGGGGUGUCUUCAGAGAGUGACGAAGAACCUGUUAGUAAACAUCCACGUCUUACAGGAGCUGGUGAUACUUCAGAUGAGGGUUCAUAUUUUGAGGAUGACUUGGAGGAGCUGUGUGUGAUGGAAUCAAAUGCAGAUAAAUGUGAAAACCUUCAGCCAAAUCCUGCCCAUCCUCGAAACACUGAAUCUGAUUUUAACAUGGUGGGUGCAAGCGGCAGUGUAUGCAGGCCAACUAGUCUUCCCAGAGAUGGCUUUGCAACUAGUGAAGAUUGCAGUAAUUUCAACAGGUCAAAUUGGUUGGCUAACAACAUUGGAACUUUUUACUUCAAACAUAUGGACACUGACUCUGAUCAGGACAAGGAAAAGAUUAAGAGUGAUGUGAGUCCUGGAAUAUCAAGGAUCUCAAUUAAUGAUGCCAAGUCUCAGGAAGAGUCUUCAGAAGAUGAUGAGUGGACAUACACACCAGGCAGCAUUCCAUCAAGGCAGCGUAAUCGUAAGAGUGACUGCUCAAGUAAUAUGUCAGAAGUGACUGUCCGUAAGAGCUCUGCAGCAGUGAAGUUAGAUUUUGGUAGCAGCUCAUCUGAAGGAACUUCAAGUAGUGGGAAAAAAAAUUUAGAACCUUCAGCAGAAGAGACAAAGAACACUGAACUGUCAACCUCCCCUCUGAGGAGGAAAAGCAAAGAGCAGCUUGUAAAGAGAGCACUAGGCAGAAUUGAACCUGAAAAGCUUCAGAGUGAUAAGAAAACAUCUGGUAAACCCAUGCAUACACCAAGAGUUUUUGAACCACUUCUUUUGGACCCAUUCUCUGAUCCACUUGUAAGAGCACAAGCAAAGAGUGCACGUACCAAAGAAUGGCUGAGACUACAUGCCCAGGGCCUGGUCACAGAUAAAAUGCAGCUCAUGGACAGUUGUGAUGCUAGUGGAGAAUACACAACAGGUGAUUCUGAAGCUGAAAAGGAGUCUGUAUCAUCCGAAGAUCAGAAUGGAAGUGUGUCAACAUGUCGAAAAGGUAGUUCACUUCCAGGUUGUGAAUCAAGAUCAGUGUCAACAGAUGUACUGUUGGAUCCAGAAACAACACCUGUAGCAGAAAAAGCUCCUGCCCUCCCUUCUUUGUCUCCAGAGCAAAGUGGUACAAAGGUUGUCAUGCGUACAAAACGACGUCAGAAUCAUGGAGAACGCCCGUGGAGUGUAUCGGGCAUAACACAGUUGGCAAAAACUGCAGCACAGUCUGGGAAAAAUGAACCUCUUGCACAGUUCUCAAUAUCGGAAAGUGCUAUAAACAAAAUGGCUACAACUCCACCUGCUGCAAAAGUCGGCUCAAAUGGUGCGGUGCAUGGAAAUCUCUCAUCAUCUACAAUAGAUGAAGUGUCUGUAAAGGCUGCAGAAGGAUCUGGUUCGAGAACAAGUUCUCUUCGCAGACGGAGAAUGAGGCUCCGCAGGAGGACAGGGGGGCGUAAAAGUGAAUCUGGAUCAGAUAGCCUGAGUACAACACAGAGACCUAUCAGCCGAAUGUUUGGUAGCUCACUCUUAGUGAAGUCAGGGUCUUUCUCUGGAGUUGGUUCUAGAUCAGCAGUUGGUUCAACAGAACGCAAUACUGCAAGUGAUCCAUCUACCUUAGCGCAUGCAGGAAAUUCCACUAGUGCUAGUGGAACAGAGGAUGACUCCCGGCUACAGCUGCCAGUUUUUAGGUUGGGUCCUCUGACACUGCCAGCUGACAGUGAUAUUGACCGCGGUAGUGUGCAGGGUACUGAGGAGCAGCUCAGUUCCUUUUCUGAGCAAGCAUGGGAUAAUUAUCAGGAAAAGUAUUUGAGUGAGCCGUAUAGUGAAGAACCUGCUGACCCAGAAACAGCACGACGUUUGUUAGAAUUUGGAGAUGAUUAUCGCAAUUUCUUAGACAGUCAGUCAGACUGCAGCUUGAGCAGAAGUGCCAGUAAUGGUACUUCAUCUCUGAGACAUCGUAGGCCUCCUGGACCCGCUGGUGACAGCUCUGUGUUUGACAGUGAUUCAGACUUAGAGGACUUCAAUCAUGCUAUUUACCUUUCUCAGGCUCAGUUAGAAUACGUUGAAAUGGUUAUCAGUGAACAUAUGAGCAAGCAUGCAGAUUUGGUUCUUGCCCCUAGUUUGGCCCAUAUAGUGUCGACGUGCUCAGAAAAUAUAAGUGCUUUGAGUGUUGUUUUGGAGAAGGAACAUGGAAUUCUCCCAGAGAAGAGGCUAAAAGAACUGAGAGGCUGGCUGGAUCGCUGGCAGCAACUGUACAGCACUGCAGAAGAGCUGCAGAGAGUGCGCUGCUUGCAGCGCGAGAUGGUCACCAUGCGCGAGGAGAUGAUGGAUCUCGCCAACAGGGUGACCAAUAUUUCCAGCGAGCUCAAGGACAGAAGUCAGCUCGAUGGUGUCAUCCAAAAGGUCAAGGUGGAACUGACGUCCUUGCUGGAUCGCAAGGCGGAUCUGCUGCGCUUCAAUGUGGCGGUGCACCGCUACCACACAGACACCGGACACCCGGCUAGGCUGCUCAAGGACGACGUGGCCGAACUCUACCGCGUCUGGGACGACAUCGUGCAGAGGGUUACUCAACAACUGGCAGUAUUGCAACGAGCUGCACAGACGUGGCAACAGUUUGACACAAACAUGACAGAACUGCAAGGUCUACUGUGCAAUGAUCGAAUGACAUUACAUAUGCUGGAUGCAGCUCUUCGUGGAGGCCAGCUGCAGCCUGAGGUGGCUCGUGUGCUGUCUGAGAAGCAAGAAGCACUAUGUCAGAGUUCGAUGCUGAUGGAGAGCAACAAGGGCAGCGCGACGGAGGGCGUCGCGGUGGCGGCAGCGGCGACGCCGACGCCGACGCCGACAGCGGUAGCGCCAGCAGCGUCGACGGUGGCAGUGGCGGGGGCGGGGGCGGGGACGGCGCCGGCCUGCCUGCUGUCCACCCUGGCCGAGCACGGCUCGCUGUCCGACUCCGGCAUCUCGGACUCGGGCUCCGAGCACGAGCUGUGCGAGCGCGAGCGCCGCCUGGCGACGCUGCGCAGUCUGGCGCGACACCUCAUGGCCGUGCUGCCCGCCGGCAGCCACGCGCUCCUCACCGUCUCCAAGGUAACUCCGCCUUCACCUAUUGUUACUGCACGUGCAUUUUCCCCUCUUUAACGUGAAAUAAGGCGGCGUUUCCUUACUCUGCAGUCCGUAGGUCUGAGCAGUAAAGCAUCGAUUAUCCGAAAGCGUUCCAGUUGGCAAAUUCAAAUUUGUACGCGUGCCGUAUAAAAAUAGGCGGACACCUAUUAGUGGACAUUAGUACAGGGUGUGUCCAUUCUUCGCCUUUGAGGAUUUGGACUCUGCCGGAGAUACUUCUAGUGAGGUGUCUGAAUGUCCGUAGAGGAAUGGCAGCACAUUCUUCCUCAGGAGCCGAAUGCAGAGAAGGUAGUGAUGUCGAACGCUGGCGUCUGGAGCAGAGUCGACGCUCUAAUUUGUCCCAAAGGUGAUCCACUGCGUUCAGAUCGCGACUCGGGGAAAUGUUUUUGUCCACAAAUCAUUUCAUCACAGGUGAUGCUUCAUGACAGGGUGCAUUCUCAUGCAGAUACAAA